GACCUACUUCGUUGAAAGCUCCCGGAUGUGCGUCCUCUUCGUGGCAAUCUGUCUGGCGGAAAGAUGACGAGAGGCACUACCCUUCUGGUGUUGUUCGCCCUGACCGUGGUUGGUCAAGCGCUGACCCCCACCACUGUGCUGACCACCGUGGACCAGGCACGGCUCAAGGCGGUGUUUGAGAACGCCCGUCCCUUCACGGACCUCGCCAGCGCCCACUAUUCCAUCCUGGGCCUGAAGCUGUUGGGAGCGCAGAUCCCCAACACACAUAUGGUGAAGAUAGAAGGAGAAUGUUGUCAGUAUGAAAGAGUGGAGGACAACUGUAACUAUGUGAAGUCAGCAGUGGACUACAAGAGUCCAGAGUCUCUGUACUAUGCCUCUGCUGCCACUAAAGCUCUGGGAAACUGUCAGUUGUCCAACAGCAAUGCCCAGAACACUCUCCAGGCAGCCAUUAAGGAUGGAGUGGACGUGCCCACCCUGUUCUUCGUGGUGUCUGCCCUUACCAACCUGGGGCUGCCAGUGAACUCCAAUGAGGUGGUCAAUGCCUUGACUGAAGCUCUGAAAACCGAUGACAGCAUACUAAGUGGGAGCAUGGCCCUACACAUUGCAGCCCAGCUAUCCAAGGAAACGGACGUCAAAGUUAUAUUUGAAAGUAUAGAGGACCUAGUAGCGCAAGCGGACGAAGUCGGUGAAAAAUACCUCCAGUUUGAGGGAGAUCUGGGACUCACCUCGUUUUUCGUGGUCGGAGCCUACAGACUGGCUGGACAACAAAAUAAAGCACCACUGAUUAUGGAGGAUCAGGCAGUAAAGUUUGCCAACUACCUCCUGAGUCGAAAACAUGUGCAGAGUCCGAAGAACGCGUACGAUGUGGCCGCUGGGCUCUCGACUCUUGGCAACAACAAAUACCACAUUCCAGUGUGUAUCACUCGUGAAAGCUCCAUGACUGUUUCCAGUGCCCAGUCCAAGGUCCAGGUCCGCGUGAGUAACGUGAUGAGCGGUGCCCUGGGGAAACUGACAGUGAAGGCCGACUCUGCAGAGAGGAAGGAAGAUGGCGCUGUGGUCCUGAGUAACUCCGCUCUCACCGCAGUCGCUAAGGACAAUACUCUGUAUGAGCUGGACUUCCUGAAGACCAAGGCUGGGCGGGGUUUUUACACCAUUGAGUUCAGUGUGGCUGCAGACAAGCCUGAUAGCAGGCUGAUAGGGCUGUCUGGUGCCCAGGUGGAGGUGAAGGUGGUGACCACUGUCAAUGUGGAGGAAGUGGAGCUGUCCUUGGAAGAUAAGGACCAGUCCACCCCUCCCAGAGUCACCAAGGUGCAGUACCCCCAGAAGACGGGGUCCAACCUUGCAGGUGACCAUCACCAGAACCUGGUCAUGAAGUUCUUACUGAAGGACAAGGCAGACAACUCUGCCAUGGAGGCUCACCAGGCCUUCGUCCGCUUGACCAACAAGAGGACCAAGCAGGAGGUCAUCUUUGUGGCCGAGGCUGACGAUGACCACGUCUACAAGUUUGAGCUGGACAUUGGUGCUAGUGCCAAGGAGCACUUCAACAGCCUGAGUGGCCUGUAUGCCAUGGACCUUGUUGUCGGAGAUGCACUGAUCCAGAAUCCAUUUGCCUGGAAUGUGGCUGACCUACAAUUGAAGUUCCCUGAAGACUCUGCGACCUCAGAAGAGAAGCCAAACCUGUACCAACCACGGGAAGAGAUCAAGCACAUGUUCCGUGAGCCAGAGGUGCGCCCCCCUGCCACCGUAUCCACUGCGUUCACCGGCCUGGUACUGUUGCCAGUUCUCAUCCUGCUCGGAUUGUGGAUCAAGCUUGGAGUCAACAUCGCCAACUUCCCCCUGUCCCUGUCCGCUAUUGGUUUCCACAUCGGACUGGGAAGUAUCCUGGUGCUGUAUUACCUCUUCUUUGUACAACUGAACAUGUUUGACACCCUGAAGUACCUGGCCAUACUGGGCACCCUAACCUUCCUGGCUGGCAACAGGCUACUGGGGUCCAUUGCUAACAAAAGGAAGCAACUUCUGCGUUCCCGACUGAGAUAGAACGUUUACAUUCCUCUCUACCCCCCAUGGGAAAAAAUGAAGAGCCAAGAUAUCACCACACAAGUUGCUGCAGUUCACAGUGCUAGAACAGAGUGCUUUCCCUUCAUGCAUUACUUAGUAGUUCUCAAUAUACCACCUAUAGGUGUACAAAUUCAACCACACAACUCAAAGUAAAGGUACGGUCUGCAAAAGUAAGAUUAGGAAAUAGUAAUGAUAAUCAUAAAAUGAUAUAUUUGAUGUAAAAUGGUAUCUCUGUGAUUGUGAGAAGUGCAAAAACCACCAAAAAGCCUCAUUUAUGUAGUAACAACUAGUUCUUUUUAGAAAAGUUGUAGAAUCAUUGUUAUGAUUUUCAUAUUGUAGACAAUUUGCAUUAAUAUGGUGUUUGUUUACAAAGAGUGAUCUCUUUCAUUUAAUGUCAAACAUGUUAGUGUGCUUCUGUGCUUUUACAUUAUACCAGUUGCAUAGGCUAUAAGCAAUUCAAUUUGUCAGAAAACUUCAUCAUUGAUGUCUGUUUAAAAAUGUGAUUUUACAUUUAUCUAUGCAAAGAAAUGAUGCAUACGUGGUAUCGUUAUGAAGUAAUUUUGUGUCAAGUUCCUUCAAAAGAAAUAUCAGGACUUUCUGAUCACUGGAACAAUACUGUAAGAACAUUAAGAUAUGAAGAAUAAUGUUUAAGAUGUAUAAGGGGGAGGGGGGCAUACAUACUGUAGUCGCCACAGUGGUGCAUGAUGGGAAAUGGACUGUGUCUUAGCCACUACAUUGUACCAUAAUUUGGCAGCUUAACAGAGAUAAAAAAACUUUUGGUUGCAAACAAAUUUGAAAGUCAAAACGAAUGAUAUAGAUUGUAGUUCUGCAUGGACGCAUUUUUACUGCACAUGGAUGUUUUUGUACUCGGUAAUUGUCAAAAACACAAGAAAGAAUAAAGGUUUAGAUCUUGGCUGUAC